CGUGGUUGAUUUGCAGCCAGGCACGCCCAACACGCACAGUACGGCUGUUUUCAUUGGAUGAAAGGCGGGUCACAGGUCAUGAUAGUACUCGGAGUGGGGACAGGACUUGUGAGACGAACUAAUUCCAACAUCGACCUAUGAGGUCAUGGAUACUUGAUUGGGAGAGACGCGGAAGAAGCACACACAAAGGCGUCAGUAUGAAGAGACUCGAGGGGCAGGUGUUACUGUUGAUGGUGCUGUCCGCCUUCGUCGUCGUGGUGUUCAUAAACCACGUGACCAAAAAAGACCCCGUUGCCGUUCAGAGAGAGCUGAGCUUGCGCGAACUUAAACAGCUAAUCAAGGAACAGAUUCAUGCAGAAGAAAGAUAUUUGUCUCCUGAAAAACAGAGUCAAUCUAAGCCAAAAAUACAGAACGAUAAUGUUCUUCGUGAAGAGUCCAAAGAAAAACGAAAAAAAACCUUCACGAGCUUGGAAAAAACUGAAUCAUCUCACGAGAUCACGUCUAUUCGUUCAGACGCAAGCAAAAAACGUUAUAUCGUUCAUUUAUGUGACAGUACUCGCGCAUGCGCUGGUUGGGGCGACAGACAAAGAGGCGUGGUCGCUGCCUAUUUGCUUGCCAUUGUCACCAAUAGAGUGUUUGUUCUUAAUAUGACGUCACCAUGUCCAGUUCGCAACUUUCUUAAGCCACACAAGUACCACUGGGAAAUCCCCGAUUCAGAAUUGGCGGGAAAGUCUGCCAUUACAGUUGGCGGUGUUCGUGCAACAGACUACCAUAAGGUUGCUCGCUUCCAGGAUUUCAAUAAAAUUUAUAACUACGACGUCAUAUAUCUUCGAUCCAACAGUGACUUGUUAAAUAUUAUCAAAUCAAAUCCUCUUUACAAGAAAAAAAUCCCAGACUGGGCAAACACAUAUCGUCACAGGGCCUUCAAGAACGGCUGGGAAAAAUUAAUGACACCAACAAAUCACAUGACCAAACGCCUCAACGCUCUUCUGAAAGGCGUUGACCUCUUGAAGCAGGGUGACCUGGUGUGCGCGCAUGUGCGGAUCGGUAAAAACGCACAGCUGACAAACGACUCCCCGAACCGGAACUCGAUUGAGUCAGUAGAUGCAUUAUGGGAUUUCCUCUCCCCUUAUGUGAAGAAUGCCACGCGAAUGUUCAUAGCAACUGACUCAAUGGAGGUUAGAGCGCUUGCUCGGAAGAGAUUCGGAAAGAAAACACUGGACAGUGGAGGGACCAUCAUCCACAUUGACAGACAGAGAAAGAGCGGGUCGGCGUGUGAUGGCUUCGAGACGGCCAUCUUGGAACAGCUGAUCCUGACCAAAUGUCACGUGCUAGUUGUCUCAGCAAGUAACUUCAGCAUCAGGGGAGCCUUCCUCAGGGGGACCAAUGACAAGCUGUUUAUGUUUAGAAACGCCACCAUCACACCUUUCAACAUGGGAACUUGAUGGUUGUUAGUAUGAACUGGUGUUGAUAGUCAGUUUUGCUGUCUUGUUCAAGGGGCUGAAGUUGUUCGUCAUUUCUGAAAAUAUGUAUUUUUGUAUUAUCAUUCUUUUACUGAUGUGCAAUUUGCUUUGAAAAAAUAUUUGAAUUUUGUAUUUUCAUAUUUUAGUGAAUUUUAUCUUAUUUUAAAUUCAUAUUUUUUACAAUCAUGUUUUGGCGCAUAUUUACAUUUCAACGGACUGAAGUCCGUUAGGGACGGACUCAUAAAUACAUGUAUUUUUGAACAUAUGUAUUUUUUAUUAUAUUCUUUUCCCCAUGUGAAAUUUGCUUUAAACAAUAUUUUAAUUUUGUAUUUUCGUUUUAUGGUAAUAUGAAUUUUAUCAUUUGUUAAAUUUAUGUAUUUUUACUGUUAUUUUUGGUGAUAUUCGCACAUUCCCAUUUCGGAGGCGAGAACGUAUUAUGAUGGGCACCUGUUGUGAGGUUGUUCUUAAGAACAGACGACAUUGAACACAUCAUUGACAAUAAUGAACUUAUGUCCAGGUUGUCUUAACAAACGCAGUCAUGAGAACAUGAUGUAUUAUGGCAUUGUAGACAUGUUAUCCAGACGGUAUUGUAAAAAAAUAAAUGGUGUGUGUACAGA